GGGCAAGCAAACAGAACCAGGCGGUCCAGCUGAUACUGAUGGAAGCAAGGCGGCGCCCCCACUUGCAUACUUGCAUUGCAUUUGCAGGUGGCUGGGCGCUGGAGGAAGCGAUCGAGUGAGAUUGUUUUCACAUAACUGUAGUGCAGACUGGCAUUCUUCAAGUUCAGAAAUCAGGGAUCAUUCUGAUUUGCAACCGGAAUAUGACUAGUUUCUGGGAUUUUGCUGCUGGGAACGCAGUGAGCCAUUGAACUCUUAAAAAUGGCAUUUCAGGAGGACUUCGACAGCAGCUGAGAGAAAAGCCACGAACCUGUUGCCACUCCGAAUCAAGCAGAUCACACACUGACACACAUCUCGCAGCAAAGUGAAUCACGGCAUGACAGUGACAGUCUGACACAACCUGGCGUUUGCUCAGUCUGCAACAGCCCCGGACAUUCCCAACGGAGGCUGACACGGCCGUUGUUCUGGCAAUCCCACGCCGCGAUCGGGGCAAGUCGCACAACACGCUGUCAAUCUACUCUGGCUGCAGGUGGGACCAGUGAAGCUCAGGGUUCAAAUUCGAAUUGCUUUUCGGGGCUGGGCGUUCAAUGUUGAUCUCUCCUACCCCUUCCCCAAGUCUCUGUGUUCUCCACACAGGCAGCGGCUGGUCGAGCUAUAUAAUCAAGGCAAACACGGCAGCAUCUAGCCGUAGCAAGUAGCACAACACACACACACCCCCGGGGGCACGCGCACGCACGGAUCACACAAUGCCUCCCACCCUGCUCGUGCCGGUGCCCACGAGGCCCCGCUCCAACCCCUUCCGUCGGCGGAGAGGGGCGGCGGCGCUGCUCCUCGAUCAGGCCGCGGCUGCGGCGGGGAACUGGCCCGCCGAUUCGUCCACCUCGGCGUCCUCCUGCUUCUACAGCGAGGUGAUCUCCGCCUCCUCCACCUCCCUCGCCGAGUACCAGCGCCCGGAGAAGAGGCCUCGGCGCCAGGACGCGGAAGAGGCGCGGCCGGCCGGCUCCGAGUGCUCGGAGGUGAUCGGCGGCGCGAGGGCGUGCCCCGCCGAGGUCGAGGCCUCCGAGUCGUCGUGCCUGGGCUCCGUGCUCGAGUCCGACCUCGCCUGCCCGGAGCAGCUCGCCGACACCGCCGAGGCGACAGAGUACUCCUCGGCGUUGGAGGAGCUGACCCCGUCGGAGUCCGAGGAGGAUGAGGAGGUGCUCAGCGGACCUUGCCGCUGCGCCGAGUACUCCCUCAGCCCCCUCAUCAGCUCCCCCUUGACCGAAGACGACGGCGGCGACGCCGCGCCCUCAGCGACCUUCUCCCGCUUCCUCGACCUCGUCAAGCAGUUCGUCCCCUGCGUGCACCCCGAAGCGCGCGCCGUCAACAAUGCCGCUCUCGAUCUCCUGACGGGGAGGCGGUUUGAGGACUUGGACGACGAGGAGAGCUACGAGCGGUUCCGGCGGCGGGAGCGGCGCGAGGCGAUUGCACGCGACUACACUGAGGUGUACGGCUCCAUGCCCGGCAGCUACGGCCCUCUCGUCGUGGAGCAACGUGUCGUCAUGGUGAACUGGAUCAUCGAGCAUUCGCAUCUCACGAAGUUGCAGCCAGUAACCAAGUUCAUGGGGAUUGGACUGAUGGACCGUUUCUUGACACAAGGAUACAUGAAGGGUCUGAGAAAUCUGCAGUUGCUGGGUAUUGCCUGCAUCACCCUGGCCACCCGCAUAGAAGAGAACCAGCCGUACAAUUGCGUCCUUCAAAAGACAUUUAAAGUUGGGGUCAAUAUUUACAGCCGGAGUGAUGUUGUUGCCAUGGAGUGGCUGGUUCAGGAGGUCCUCAACUUUAAGUGUUUUGUCACAACAACUGACCAUUUCCUCUGGUUCUAUCUGAAGGCUGCAAAAGCAGAUGACAGGGUAGCAGACCUGGCGAACUACCUGUCCUUGCUCUCACUUCUGAACCAUAAGCAGCUCUCCUUCUGGCCUUCAACUGUGGCAGCCGCUGUUGUAGCCCUUGCUUGCCUUGCCACAGGCAAGGAGUCCUCAUGCCAGUUAGUCAUGGAGACUCACGUGAGGACGCAGGACGAUGAUCUGCCUGAAUGCCUAAUGAGCCUAGAGUGGCUGAUCAAGUACGCUUCGUGAUACCCAUGACUCCAAGGUGAUGACAUUGAUGCACAUUUUUUGCUGAUUCCCAGUUACCUACCUAUCACGGUACAACCGGUCGGGUAUGGGGAUGUAUAGGCCAUACGUGAAUCUUAGCAUUGACAGAUUAUUCUGCACAUGCCAUUAGUUUCCCUGUAGGUAGAUACUAUAAGAUAAAAGACAAGGCAGCAUAAGGUAGCCUCUGAUUACGAGAGACUAGCAAGACAAUGACGAUAAUUUGGUAUUUAGCUAUCGGCCUUUAGGGACUACCGAACUGCCAUAUUGCGCUGCUCUGUUUUAUGGACAACUAAGGCUGCUCUGUUGUACUCACCACUGAUGCAAAUUUUUUAGCGGUGUCUUGUUGAUAACUUUUGCUUUGGAAAAGGGUCAUGUUCAUACAUGAUGUAAGAUUGCAA